AUGUCCCUGGCACUUUUCACAAUUUGUCUUAUAUCCCAGAUGCAUGGAAGUGAGGCUGUUGGUGGGCAAUGCAAAACUUCAGAGAGAUCAGCACCUGGUAAAGCUCUCAAGGGUCACACCUUCAAAGAGUUUGCAGUGAGGGGAAUUGUUGAUUGCCAAAACACCUGUGAAAGAGACCCCAGGUGUGCGAGUUACAAUUUUUACAUUCCGGGCAAAGUGUGCGAGCUUAACAGCCACACCAAGGAGGAGAAACCUGAUCAUUUUGUAACGGAUGAACUGAGAUUCUACAUGAAACGUGAAGGUAUGAAAUAUAUAAAACUUUGUACAUCAAACACACUCUCAACUGAUUCCCUCGAUUCUCCUUAUUAGUUUGUCUAGCUGGUAGGACUAGACUUUAGUGCAACACCGGGCGAACUUUCUCGAGGUUUUGCGGGAUACGUAUUUCUGGUAUGUUAUUUCCAAAAGGAAACGAGUUAGAUUAGCCAUAAGUCAAAUACAUGCUGUCAGUAGCAUAUCGAAAGAAAGUCGUCCUUAUAUUGAUAGUCUGAAGAGGGCGUACUUGAUUAAGAAAUAACUCACAUUUUCCUUAUGCUGUCUGUUUUAUAUUAUCAGAUGAAGAUGAGUGCUUGAAGACGCCACCAGUUUGUGACGUCAACGCAAACUGCAAGAACACGCUUGGCUCCUACCUUUGUUCUUGUAAAGAGGGUUUUAUGGGUGACGGUAAUACAUGUCAAGGUAAAACGAUCAGGAAAACAUGGAUUGAAAGAAAACGUUACUGACAAGUAUGACUUUUUAGGGCUACUAUUUGAGAUGGUUUGCUGAGUUUGCAAGAAAAGUGGUAUCACCAUUUUGUCUGUUUUGUUCUCUGUUGUCUUGUCUUCAACAAAUUGGCCAUAAUUGAGACAAGUGGGACUUCGUUUUUCGCGGGCUGCACACUUUAUAAAAUAGGCGGUCAUUUGUCUAAAGUAAAUAAAUCGUUAACUAUAGUAUUUCUAGUAAAAAUCAAUAUCACAAUCUCUGUUCCAACGUUAUUUCAGACGUUGACGAAUGUGUAGAAGGAACUCAUAAUUGCAGUGGAAAGGCCGAGUGCAAUAACACCAAAGGAAGCUACAACUGUACAUGCAAGUCAGGCUUUACUGGAGAUGGUCAAAACUGCUCAGGUUAUCACUGA